AUGGGCACGCAGCAGUCUCGCCACGCAGCGGCCAAUGAGGCUGAGCAGACGCCAGUGAAGCGCGCGCACCCGGGACUGCGGGAGCUGCACCGCCGAGCGGAGACCGGCGUCUUCUCCGACUCGGAGAGCGACCGCUCCGACGCCAGCGACAGUGACAGCGCUGCAGACGGAGACGACACGGACGACGACGGCAGCGUGUGGAUGGUGCUGCCGAGCGCCUUGAGCUCCACCGGCCGCACGUUCCGCAAGGUUGAGACGUCGGUGAUGGACGAGGAGGAGCAGCUCAAGCUCGUCAAGAGGAGGGCCAGGAAGAUGCAGAGCAAGAGCCAAGCGGCCGAUGCGGAUACUGCAGAGGCUAGAGAAGAGGAGGCAACGGGUGAACCCAUUUCGCCGCGAGAUUUCCACCGGAUCAAGGUCAUUGGAGUCGGAGGAAUGGGCCGAGUGCUGCUGGUCCGUCAUCGCCGAGAUGGCAGGUUGUAUGCGAUGAAGGUGGUGUCCAAGCGGUCGGUCAAAGAGAAGGACAUGGCGACCAGGGUUUUGUCCGAGCGAGACGUGCUGGGAGGUACCAGUCACCACGCGCUAGUUCAUUUGUAUUGGGCUUUCCAGACCAAAAGCCACUUGUACUUUGUGAUGGAGUACUGUCCUGGUGGGGAACUGUCCACACAUCUGGAGCGAGCAGCGAGGUUCUCGGAAGAGGUGGCAGCGUUCUACGCAGCGGAACUGCUUCUUGCGGUGCAGCAGCUACACCAGCACGGCAUCGUCCACCGGGAUAUCAAACCGGAGAACGUUCUGCUAACUGAAGACGGCCAUCUAAAGCUCGUUGAUUUCGGUAUCAGCAAAUUCGGCAUCACUCAAGCUACUAGUGGGGCGAGGACCAUUUGCGGCAGCUACGAAUAUCUAGCUCCCGAGAUAUUGCGAGGAGAAGAAUACGGCACAGCUGCAGAUUGGUGGGCGUUUGGCGCGGUGUUGUACGAACUUUUGACUGGUCUUCCGCCUUGGUACAGCCAGAACCCCGAAGAAAUGUGCAGACAGAAUCCGGGUAAGAGACUCGGCUCGCUGCUUGGAGGGCCAGAGGUGAAGGAGCACGCUUUUUUUCGCUACAUUGACUGGGAAAUGGUCACAUUUCGAGAAACACAGGCUCCGAUUCGGCCAUGUGAAUCUCCCGAUGCGGUGAUUGACGGUAGCAACUUCCCCGAUGAGUUCACGCAUAUGUCUGUCGGAAGUAUUGACAGCUCCACGCCUAGACUUGGUGGUGGCGAAUCGUUUAAGGGAUUUAACUUUGAGGCACCGGAAGACCAGCAGAUCGAAUACGGCUUUACACGUGAUGUUAGUUUGUCCAACAGCAGGGAGAAUACACCGUAG